UCAGUUUGUCUCUCUACCCUGUUUGGAUUCACUUUAACAAAACAACAUGUGCUGCAAUAAAACAUGCUGGCUAGUAGUGGGAUCUGUGGUAGGAGGACUACUGGUUAUCCUUGGAGGAGUCUUGUUUCCUGGGGGAGAUUUAAUCAUUAGUAAUACAAUAAAAAAGGAAGCUGUCAUCGAGGAAGGAACUAUUGCUUAUGACAACUGGAUCGUACCUGGAAGUCCCGUCUAUAGAUAUUUUUGGAUUUUCCAUGUUACAAAUCCAGAUGCAAUUUUAACAGGAGGAAAACCACAUUUAGAACAAAAGGGACCUUAUGCAUAUUUGGUCAGGCACGUAAAAAAGAGUAAUGUGACACAGAACAGAAAUGAUACAGUGUCGUUUAAUCAGCCAAAUGAAGCCAUCUUUCAACGGCAUUUGUCUAUUGGACCCGAAGAAGAUACAUAUACAGUUCUUAAUCUGGGUGUGGCUGCUGCUCCAGGCAUUUUUCCGUUAUUGGGAAUGAUAAACGAUGCCAUAAAAAAUUCCAAUUCAUCGUUGUUUCAAGUCAGAAGUGUGAAGGAGUUACUGUGGGGCUACAGAGAUCCAUUCUUGGAAAAAAUACUAGGUGGCAUCUUACCAGAUAAAACCACUGGAGUAUUCUAUCCGUACAAUGGAACAAUGGACGGGCCUUACACAGUGUAUAAUGGCAAGAAUGAUAUCAGUAGAGUAUCCAUAAUUACCACAUAUAAGGGAUCAAGUAAUCUCUCAUACUGGGAUGAUAUCUACUGUGACAUGAUAAAUGGUACAGAUGCAGCUUCAUUUCCUCCAUCCGUUAAUAAAAAGAAACCUUUAUAUUUCUUUUCAUCUGAAAUCUGCAGAUCCAUAUAUGGAUUAUUUGAAACUGAAUAUAUGCAGAAGGGAAUUAAACUGUAUCGAUUUGUAGUGCCAACCGCGGCUCUUGCCUCACCCGUCACCAAUCCAGAAAAUCAUUGCUUUUGCACUGAUCAAGUGCUAUCCAGAAACUGUACAGGUGCUGGUGUGUUGGACCUUCGAGCUUGCCAAGGUGGUAAGCCCAUAUUCCUAUCUCUGCCUCACUUCUUGUAUGGAAGUGACUUCCUGUUGGAACAAGUGUCUGGUCUGAAUCCUAGUAAAGAAGAACAUGAAACUUUUGUAGAUGUUGAGCCUAUAACCGGGUUUACAAUGCACUUUGCUAAAAGAUUACAGGUCAAUGUAAUGUUUCAGCCAACAAAACAAAUAGAUGUUUUGGCAAAUAUCACGUCAGAAUUUGUGUUUCCUGUGUUGUGGCUGAACGAAACGGCUCUUAUUGGUGAUGAUUCGGCAAAAACCUUUAAAUCAAGUGUGACUGUGCCAAUGAAGGCGCUGGAAAUUAUACGGAUCGUGCUAAUAUGUGUUGGUGGUGUUAUUUUCCUUGCCUGUUCUAUAACACUUUGUGUUAGGAGCUGUAAGAAGAAAUAAGUGGUAUUCCGGACGCAAACUGACUUACUGAAAAAAAUUGUGAAGACAACAAUAGGAUGAAAUGUAAACUACUGCAUCAAGUCACGAAAAGAGGUCUAUUGCAUCUUCACAAAUCUUAAAUAUUAGCCAGUGAUUUUUUUUUAAUACAGAUAAAAAUAUAUAAUUUUUUAAACAUAAAAAAAGAAGUACUUUAUUAAGGUAGUCAUACACAUUUUACUGUAAAUGUAUGUGGAAUUUGACUACAUUUGUAUAGUGGAGAUUUGAGCUCUGUUUUGUUGUAUAAUUAGGUAUCAUACCCACAGACAUUAGAUGAUUUGUAUAAGACAAACUUGCAGACUAGAAAUUAGGUGACUCUUUUACCCAACAAAUACAUUUUCAAAAAUUGGAAGACUGGUAAAAGAUUUCAAAGGAGGUGCCUUGUAUAAAAUAUACCACACAUCUACCUUUAGACAUGCCAAUAACAUUUUGAACCACAUGUUUUGCUUAUUCCAUUAAAAGAAGUGUUGAAACUCUCUACGCAUUUCAUGAACAUUGUUCACUUCAUCAGGAGAGUUGCUGCUGUUCCAUUAAUGGAAUGUGCAAAGUGGGAAGCUUUACCUGUGUGCAAUAAUCCAUAGCAGCCAAUCAGCAAUUUUCUAUGAUCGGUCUAAUUCAUUGUAGACUAAUGAAAACAAAAUAAUGACUGGUUGCAAUCUUAGUUUUGUACUUUGUUGUAAAAUGAGUCCCAUUAAAGAUAAGUGUAUAAUCA